GCCGGCUGUAUAGAACGCAGCCAUUGCCUUAAAAAAAUAUGCGGUGACCGCGCCAAAAUAGAAAGUUGCAUUUUAUUUUUAUUUUUAUUUAUUGUGUAUUGUGCAGUGUGCGUAUUUAGGACAAGUUCAAAAAUGUUACCAUUUUUUGUUUUUCUGACGCUAUCAGCGGUGCUGUGCGCGAGUGAACCGACGACAGAACCUAAAGCAUUACCCACAGACACACAAGCAGACCCGGAGGAGCCUCCUGAAGGAUACUAUGCGUUUGUCGAAUCACCUAAUGCUACUCCACCAAGAGUCCGUCCACCACCGUACCGUCAGGUUGCAAGCGAGUGUGCAGAAGCUACGGAAACCCGCGCGCACGUGAGCGCCAACAACCUAUGCGGGGACCUCAACCGGGGACUCAUCCCACGGAACCCCAUGGGACAGAACCCUAAUGGGGAACCUUAUCCUUUCGAACUUAUCCGCAACCACACACUGCGCUAUCUCUCCCGCACACUGCCCGUGCUACGCGCGGACGACGCGCUGCCCCGCGUAGCGCACGUGACGGCCGCUACGGGGGACAGCGCUACGAGCGCUACGCCGGCUACUGCUACGUAUGGCGCGCCGAUGCCGCAGGCUGUGCCCGAUAUGCAUCAUAAUAGGUUAGAAGAGCGUGGCAAGCGCGCCGCGAGCGAACCGGACGCGAGCGAAGCGAAGCGAGCCGUGCCCAGAGAGAGCAGGAAGUUCUGCGAUGGAGGCGGAGUUUUCUGCAUGUUAUACCGCGCGAUAAACGGAGACAGUGCUGGGCCCGAACGGCGGGAGGACCCUGGAGUCAUUCCUCACACACCGCAUGGACCAGGACCACACAGAUAUGAGGGCCCCCCCACCCCUUGCCCCGCACGCGUGGAGUACGCAACCCCUGUGUUCGCGCGCAACUACCAGGGCGUGUGGCGAUACGUCGUGCAGAUCCCGUACGAGGGGUACUUCACACAGACUGUGGAGGUCACACGUUGCAUGCAGUCCCGCUGCCACUACCUGGAGGGCGGGUGCCUGAGCUCCCCGCGCUGGGUGUCGCUGCUCGUCGCCGAGCUGCACUACCCGCCCGGCAACAGCCAAGAACAGUACCAACAGUUCGCGAGCCAAACGGGUGAAGUGACGACUGAGAAGCCGCUGCAUUGUGAUGGACACGACGAGCUUGGAUGCUAUCAGGUCCGUCUGUACUACGACUGGUUCCUAGUCCCCGGCUCGUGCAAGUGUUGGCGCCCGGACUACUUCGCGCGGUAUGUUCGCCGCAAGCAUAAUGAACUAUAAAUUCCUAUAAAUCUUUCUUUUACAUAAUUUUUCCUGAUUCCUAUAUGCUUUGACGUAAAAUAAACAAACAGACAAACAAUUUAUCUCAAAAUUGUCCGAA